AUGAGUUUAUGUAAUUUAGCAAAAAUUAGAAGUGUUGCAAUUAAAGCAGUUGAAAAGGCUUGUAUUGCAUGUUUAGAUAUACAAAAGCAAUUAAUUUCAGAAGAUACAAUUAAUAAAAAAGAUCAAUCACCAGUAACAGUUGGUGAUUAUACAGUUCAAGCAUUAGUUAUCAAUGAAUUACUUAAAGGAUUAGAUGAAGAAUACCCAAUCAUUGCAGAAGAGGAUUCAAAAACUUUAUCAUCACAAAAAGAUGUAGAAUCAAAAGUAUUAUCAUUUUUCAAUCGUUAUUCAAAUGAAAGUUUUGUAGAAUCUCAAUUAAGUUCUUUAUUAGAUAAAGGUAAUAAAAAAAAGGAUUUAAAUUCCUCAAAUAGAUGGUGGACUUUAGAUCCAAUUGAUGGUACUUUGGGAUUUUUAAGAAAAGAUCAAUAUGCAGUUGCUUUAGCAUUAAUGGAAGAUAAUAAACCAAUUCUAGGUAUUUUAGGUUGUCCAAAUUUACCAGUAUCAAAGGGAUCAACUGAAAAAGGUUGUAUUUUUGUUGGUUUAAAAAAUAAGGGUUCAUUUAUGAUUAAAUUAUCAAAUUUAGAUCAAGAGGAACCAAUUAAGGUUUCAAAUCAAUCCGAUCCAACCAAAGCAAUUUUCACAGAAAGUUUUGUUUCAAGAGGAUUUGGUCAUGAAUUAAAUCAAAAGAUUUCAAAUUCAAUGGGUGUAACAGCAGAACCUUUAAAAAUUGACAGUCAAUGUAAAUAUGCAAUGGUUGCUCGUGGUGAUAGUGAUUGUUAUUUAAGAUUAACUCAAUUAGAUUAUAAAGAAUGUAUUUGGGAUCAUGCUGCUGGUCAUAUAAUCGUAGAAGAAGCUGGUGGUAUUGUAACUGAUUUCAAAAAACAACAAUUAGAUUACUCAAAAGGUUUCAAAUUAGAAAAUAAUGUUGGAAUUGUUUGUUCAAAUAAAUUAUUAAAUGAUUCAUUAUUUGAUUCAAUUAAAAAAUCAAUUCAAUUUUAA